AUGAUCUCCAAGUUGUUCAGGCUAUUUUGUGCCGUUUUCGUACUUGCUAGUGUUACUGCCGGUGCGCUCGUUGAAGAUUUCAAGACUUUAUAUGAACCAAAUCCACCGGUGACAAAGAGAGUCUUGUUUGGUAUCAACUAUACAGAUCCCAGCACGAACCAGCCAAAGGCCGUAGAUGUGGGUAUUGAAUUGUAUGGUACCGUAGUACCAUUGACGGUUAAUAAUUUCAACGAGUUAGCUCGCGGCGUCAAGGGUCAACUAGGUGACAAAAUUAUCGAUAUUUCAUAUAAAAAAACAAUAUUCCAUAGAAUCAUUCCAGGUUUCAUGAUUCAAGGUGGUAAUGUGCUACCACAUGUGGGUCCUUUCUCAAUCUAUGGUUAUGCUUUUGACGAUGAAAAUUUCAAUUUGAAACACGACAGACCGGGUCGUCUAUCUAUGGCCAAUUCGGGCCCAAAUACAAAUGCAUGUCAAUUCUUCAUUACUACCUCUGAAACACCGCUUGAACAUUUGGAUGGUAAACACGUUGUAUUCGGCCAAGUGAUUUCAGGUCUUGAAGAUCUAAUGAAAUACGUGCAACAUGUUGAGACCGAUGAUAAGGACAAACCAGUAAAUGACGUUUCAAUCACGUACACUUACACUGAAGAGUUGAGGAUUGCCGAUAUAGAGAAAAUGCACGAAGAGUAUAUAAAGAAGGUGGAACAAUUCAGAAAUGGUGACACUUCUGUUGGGAUUACUUUAGAAGAGGAACUUAAAGAGGGUGCUAAGAAUGAAGUUGAGUUGGAAAAUGAUUACUACUAUUCGCAACACCCAUAUGCUAAAUUUGUGUUCGCGUUCUUGUUCAUUGGUGCUUUGGUCACCGUUUAUGCCAACAGAAGAUCUAUCAUUCCAAGAGCUAAAAACAUUGUCUCUGUGAGAUCAUGA